GGCACCGCCCCCUCCGGCCCGAGCGCCCGCUCGCGCGGCUCCCACAAUGCACCGCACAAUGGCCCGACCGCCGCCACUACCGGGGCCUGAGCUGGCCUGGCGGAGCCCGAGCGCGGCCCGGCCCGCAGCGCGGGGCCCGGAGCGCGGUGAAAAGAUUGUUUUCUGAAGGCUGCGUUGGAGGCUGUGACGGAGCAGAGAGCCCGUGUGCAGCUCUUGGGGAGGCUUUCUGAAUAACAUGGCCCUUCGCCAUUAGCCUUGCCAUGACCACAUUUUUCACCAGCGUCCCCCCCUGGAUUCAAGAUGCAAAGCAGGAGGAGGAAGUGGGCUGGAAACUAGUUCCCAGGCCUCGGGGCCGAGAGGCGGAGAGUCAAGUGAAGUGCCAAUGUGAAAUCUCGGGGACACCCUUCUCAAAUGGGGAGAAGCUGAGGCCUCACAGCCUCCCCCAUCCAGAGCAGAGACCGUAUAGCUGCCCUCAGCUACACUGUGGCAAGGCUUUUGCCUCCAAAUACAAGCUGUAUAGGCACAUGGCCACCCACUCAGCCCAGAAACCCCACCAGUGCAUGUACUGUGAUAAGAUGUUUCACCGCAAGGACCAUCUGCGGAACCAUCUGCAGACUCAUGACCCUAACAAAGAGGCCCUCCAUUGCUCCGAGUGUGGUAAGAAUUACAAUACGAAGCUGGGCUACCGGCGCCACCUGGCUAUGCAUGCUGCCAGCAGCGGUGACCUCAGCUGCAAGGUGUGCCUGCAGACCUUUGAGAGUACCCAGGCCCUGCUAGAGCAUCUGAAGGCCCACUCACGCCGGGUAGCAGGUGGUACCAAGGAGAAGAAGCACCCCUGUGACCACUGCGACCGCCGGUUUUAUACUCGUAAGGAUGUGCGGCGGCACCUAGUGGUGCACACAGGCCGUAAGGACUUCUUGUGCCAGUACUGUGCCCAGCGGUUCGGCCGCAAAGACCACCUGACGCGUCAUGUCAAAAAGAGCCACUCGCAGGAGCUGCUCAAGAUCAAGACAGAGCCAGUGGACAUGUUAGGCCUACUCAGCUGCAGCUCCACGGUUAGCGUGAAGGAAGAGCUGAGUCCCGUGCUGUGCAUGGCCUCUCGGGACGUGAUGGGGGCCAAGGCCUUUCCUGGCAUGCUGCCCAUGGGCAUGUAUGGCGCCCACAUCCCUACUGUGCCCAGUGCAGGUGUGCCACACUCCCUGGUGCACAACACGCUGCCCAUGGGUAUGAGCUACCCUCUGGAAUCCUCACCUAUCUCUUCCCCAGCUCAGCUCCCUCCAAAAUACCAGCUUGGAUCUACCUCAUACUUGCCCGACAAAUUGCCCAAAGUGGAGGUGGAUAGUUUUCUGGCGGAGCUUCCUGGAAACCUGUCUCUCUCAUCCGCUGAACCCCAGCCCGCCUCACCUCAGCCGGCGGCAGCUGCGGCCCUCCUAGAUGAAGCACUGCUCGCCAAGAGCCCCGCUAACCUCUCUGAGGCCCUCUGCGCUGCUAAUGUGGACUUCUCCCACUUACUGGGCUUUCUUCCACUCAACCUGCCCCCAUGUAACCCGCCUGGGGCCACAGGAGGCCUGGUCAUGGGCUACUCCCAGGCUGAGGCGCAGCCCCUGCUCACCACUUUGCAAGCUCAGCCUCAAGAUUCCCCAGGAACUGGGGGACCACUGAACUUUGGGCCUCUGCACUCCUUGCCUCCUGUCUUCACCUCUGGCCUGAGUAGCACCACCCUGCCUCGUUUCCACCAAGCAUUCCAGUAGCCCCCACGGAGGUCCGCAGCUCAGUCUUUGGCUCUGUCAGGGAGCCAUAGUACCCACCCCGUCUGUGUCCCCGAUGAAGGCAGCUGAGCUUUCAGAGCUGGGUUCAAAAAGAAAAAAUUCCAGUGUCUGUAUGGAGCACUUGGUUUGGGGGUUCAGGCUCCAGGAUUCAUUCCAGGAGGAGCUUUGAGCCCCAACCCCGUGAAAAGAUCUCACACCAUAGGACUUCAGGUAUUUUUACUUUUUUUUUUGAUCUGAAUCGGGAGCCACACUUAGUCCUCUUCCUCUCCAAAGCGUCAGAACCUCCUCCUCUUUGGAGAAGGGGGAGGCCUCUUGGAGACACGGAGGGUUUCGUCUUGGAUGACCUCAAGAGAAAUCGCCCAAGAAGCCCGCCUUCUGGUCCUAACCUGCAGACCCCACCGCAGUCAGUUGGUCAGGCCCUGCUGUAGAAGGUCACUUGGCUCCAUCGCCUGCUUCCAACUAACAGGAGAGAGAGCCUCUGUUCUUCCCGACCACUCCCCAUCCCUACUGUACCAGCACCUCCGUUUCCAGUCAGUGUUGUCCAGCAACGGUACCGUUUACACAGUCGCCUCAGAUACACCAUUUCACCUCCCUUGCCAAGCUGUUAGCCUUAGAAUGAUUGCAGUGAACACUGUUUACACACCGUGAAUCCAUUCCCACCAGUCCAUUCCAGUUGGCACCAGCCUGAACCGUUUGGUACCUGGUGUUAACUGGAGCCCUGUUUACAAGGCGGAGUCGGGUCUUACUGACUUCUCUUCACUUGAGGUCACAUUUUUCCCCCGUGGGGAAAUAAACUGACUUUGGACUGCUUCA